ACUCCAAGUCCCAUAAUGCACCGCGCGCUGAGUUAUGACGACUUCCGGUCAGAACUUUCAGGAAAUCUCCUCAGCGUUGCGUCUGUGAGUAGUGCUGUAAAGGUGAAAGCAAGACAAGCGCGUUAUUCGUAGGUUGUGUUAGUGUAUUUUGGAGCCAUGUUGGUGGCGAGGUUAGCGUGCCUGCGGGCUCUCCCCAUGACCGGCCUGAGGUCUGCUCUGACCCAGAGGAUUCCAGCUCUUAAACCUGCUAUGCCUCUGAUCAAACCUCAGCAGGGUUUCUCCAACAGAGCCAGGUUUGGACUGCGGCGCAGUAAGACUGCCAAAGAUCAGCUGCAGGAGGCGGCGUUCGAACCGGCUACAGAGACGGCGUUUAAAAUUGAUCAGAUGGGGAGGAUUAUUCUGGCAGGUGGAGCUGCAGUUGGACUGGGAGCUCUGUGUUAUUACGGUCUUGGCAUGUCCAAUGAGAUCGGAGCUCUGGAGAAAGCUGUAAUCUGGCCUCAGUAUGUGAAGGACCGGAUCCACUCCACCUACAUGUACUUUGCGGGCAGCGUGGGCUUGACCGCUCUCUCCGCCGUGGCCGUCAGCAGGACUCCGGCUCUCCUAGGACUCAUGAUGAAAGGAUCCUGGAUGGCUAUAGGAGCAACGUUUGCAGCGAUGAUCGGUGCCGGGAUACUGGUCAGGACCAUCUCCUAUGAGCACAGUCCCAUUCCUAAACACCUGGCCUGGAUGCUUCAUGCAGGUGUAAUGGGUGCUGUCGUGGCCCCCCUCACCCUGUUGGGCGGUCCUCUGAUGAUGCGUGCGGCGUGGUACACAGCGGGCAUCGUGGGCGGUCUCUCCACAGUGGCCAUGUGUGCUCCCAGUGAAAAGUUCCUGAACAUGGGUGGGCCGCUCGCCGCCGGCUUCGGAGUGGUCUUCGUGUCCUCGCUGGGCUCCAUGUUCCUGCCCCCCACCUCGGCGUUUGGAGCAGGUCUGUACUCUGUGGCUGUGUACGGAGGGCUGAUCCUCUUCGGUAUGUUUCUGCUGUACGACACACAGAAGGUGAUCAAACGAGCCGAGACGUACCCGCUGUACGCCGCGCAGAAAUACGACCCCAUCAACGCCUGUAUGGGAAUCUACACAGACACACUGAACAUCUUCAUUAGAAUGGUCAUGAUUCUGGCCAAUGGUGGUGGAGGAAAAAGGAAGUAAAUCAUCAUCUUUAAAUUUCUGUGUAUUUGAGAAAGUGGGAGAUCGGACUAUGAAGUGUUGGGAAGCUAAAGAAGGAGAAAUGAAACCCAUUCCUGCUUCUGGGGUUUAGUUGCCAGUUCCAUCAGAAGCUCACAGGACAGCGAGAGCUCCACAAUAAAGCCUGAUUAUAGAUUCUUGUAUUUAUUUAUAAAGAGCCGAAUGGUAUGUGUUUAUCUGUGAUUUGUCUCUGUGCUCAGUCUGUGUGCAGCGGAGCUUCAUUAGCACUCUGUUCAGGUAAAAGAGCUGUGCUGGGUUCUCUGCUUUCAACUCUUUUCCUUCAGUAAUUAUAAUUCUACAUGUUAGUCAAGCAGAAGAACAGUUCUAACAAUCGAAACUCUUCACAUUUAAAGGGUUUGUUCCAUUUGCAUUAAUUUUACUAUGCAAUAAAUAAAAUAGCAGAAUAAUAA